GGGGGAAGAAUGAAAGAAAAGAAAGGUGAAAGAAUGUUGAACUGCUUUAUAUGGCUGUAUGAUGGAAGGAAACGAAACUGAGAACCCCUGCAGUGGAACACUGAGAUGGCUUCAACAAGAUAAUGAUGCUAAACCAUGGCUUUGGAAACUCUCUAAUUGCUUUUCUGGUCCUGAACAGACAUUGCCACUUAGUCCCCAAACGAAAGAGUACAUGGAGAACAAGCAAGCUGCUGUGGAAGUAAAGGAUGCACCAUCUCCCCUUCAUGCUGGCUCUAAACUGUUCCCAGCAGUCCCACUUCCAGAUAUCCAUUCUCUUCAGCAACCCAAAAUACAGCUUUCAACUGUCCCCAAAGUAAGCUGCUGUGCUCACUGCACUAAUGAGUCCUCCACAUCGCCAAUGCGUUUUGGUGGUGGUGGUGGUGGUGGUAGCAGAGGUAACGGUGGCUUGAUUCACCCGGGCGCACUGUUAGACUCGCAGAGCACCAGGACAAUCACAUGUCAGGUAGGGUCCAGAUUUGCCUUCCAGUCUGCGUCUUCACUUCAGAAUGCCUGUGCUAGGAACAACAUGGCGGGCCUUGCCGGUGACUUCCCCAGCAUGCAUCUAGAAAGUAACCUCUCUUCCUGCAAACACCUGCCGUGUUGUGGAAAACUCCAUUUCCAAUCAUGUCAUGGUAGCGUGCAGAAGCUGCAUCCGUUUCCAGCUAUCCAGGGCUGCCCCUCCACGACUGGCUAUUUCCCUUGUUCUGACUUCACAAGUGGGGCUCCGGGGCCUCUGGAAGAGCACAUUUCACAGUCGGAACUAACGCCUCACUUGUGCACCAACUCUUUGCACCUAAAUGUGGUACCACCGGUUUGUUUAAAGGGCUCCCUUUACUGCGAAGACUGUUUAAACAAGCCGAAAAGAACCAGUAUACUUGAUGCUGCUAAAGUCUGGCCAAAUAUACCACCUCCAAGUGCACAGUCCGUGCCUGUCACUGUCCCUCUGUGUAAUGGCUGUGGAACCAAAGGAGCACGAAAGGAGGCCACAUUGCUAUUGGCCACUGGUCUAGGCAAAGCGGUUUCGAAAUUUGGGUCAUCAGAAGUUACAAUAGCUGGACAAAUGCUGGAAAACUUACCCCCCAUUGGAGUUUUUUGGGAUAUUGAAAACUGUUCAGUUCCCUCUGGCCGUUCAGCUACUGCUGUUGUACAAAGAAUCCGUGAGAAGUUUUUCAAAGGCCACCGGGAAGCAGAAUUCAUCUGUGUGUGUGACAUCAGUAAAGAAAACAAAGAAGUUAUUCAAGAGCUGAAUAACUGCCAGGUAACUGUGGCCCACAUCAACGCCACUGCAAAGAAUGCUGCUGACGACAAACUCCGACAGAGCCUCCGAAGGUUUGCAAACACACACACUGCUCCCGCUACUGUGGUUCUUGUGUCAACUGAUGUCAAUUUUGCAUUGGAACUUAGUGACCUGAGACACAGGCAUGGUUUCCACAUAAUUUUGGUUCAUAAAAAUCAGGCCUCAGAAGCACUGCUGCAUCACGCUAACGAGCUGAUCCGAUUUGAAGAGUUCAUUUCCGACCUGCCCCCCAGGUUACCACUAAAAAUGCCAUGCCACACACUACUCUAUGUUUAUAACCUACCAGCAAAUAAGGAUGGCAAGAGCAUCAGCAACAGGCUCAGGCGCCUGUCUGAUAAUUGUGGCGGGAAAGUGCUGAGUAUCACAGGCUGCAGUGCAAUUCUCCGCUUCAUUAACCAGGAUAGCGCCGAGCGGGCUCAGAAACGAAUGGAAAAUGAAGAUGUCUUUGGCAAUAGGAUCAUUGUGUCAUUCACUCCAAAAACCAGAGAGAUCUGUGAAAUAAAGAGUUCAAGUGCAACUGCUGACAAAGUGAAGUCUCCCAAAAAAUUCAAGAAUCUCAAAUUGUGCCUCAUCAAAGACACAAGCGAACAACCUCCCGGAGCCAAAGCUACUCCUGGGAAAGGAGGGCAGGCAAACCUUGGUUCUGCUGGGAAAAGUGCAAAUGUUAAGAGUUUACAGGAGCUGUGCCGAAUAGAGCCCAAGGCUGGUAGUAGAAGCAGUGAGCCUCAGCCAGGGAACACAAAACCGGCCGCCCCUGCUCACAGUACUGCAACUGCAGCAGUGCUCCCAGCCAAAAACUCGGGGAGCGCAGAGUCCAGUUACAAGGGCAAUCACAAAAAAGAGAACCUCAGCUCCCGGAGUGGUACCAGCUCUCCCAUAGAGAGGAAAGAGAAAGAGGAGACUAUGUUCCAAGUUAGUUACCCAUCAGCUUUUAGCAAGUUGAUCGUCUCGCGGCAAAUCGGACCCCUGCUCACAUCUCAGACUUGGUCUUCGAGGAGUAUGUCUCCAAGCCUUUCCAACAGAGCGUCCCCACUCCCUCUCAAUGUUGCAAGUUCCAGCAGUAGUGCAGAUUGCCCUGCCCCAUUUGCGAACGGUGCUGAUGUCCAGAUCAGCAACAUAGACUACAGGCUCUCCCGGAAAGAGCUGCAGCAGCUCGUGCAGGACGCCUUCUCCAGGCACGGCAAGGUGAAAAGUGUUGAGCUCAGCCCCCAUACAGAUUAUCAGCUCAAGGCUGUUGUCCAGAUGGAAACCUUACAGGAAGCCAUCAGCGCGGUAAAUAGCCUGCACAGAUACAAAAUUGGCAGCAAAAAGAUCCUGGUGUCACUUGCCACAAGAACUACUAAUAAAUCACUCUCUUUACUGAGUGCUGAGGCCGUAUCUGUUCUCCAGGAUGCUCCCGCCUGCUGUCUGCCUCUUUUCAAAUUUACAGACAUCUAUGAGAAAAAGUUUGGACACAGGUUGAAUGUGUCAGAUCUGUAUAAAUUAACGGACACCGUAGCAAUCCGGGAACAAGGAAUUGGAAGGCUUGUGUGUCUCUUACCCAGCAGCCAAGCCCGACAGAGCCCCUUAGGCUCUUCCCAGUCACAUGACGGCUCCUCAUCGAAUUGCAGCCCCAUUAUAUUCGAAGAGCUAGAAUAUCACGAGCCUGUCUGUCGACAGCACUGCUCCGAUAAGCAGUUCAGUGAACAUGAAUUCGAUCCAGACACUUACAAGAUUCCUUUUGUGAUUCUCUCUUUGAAGACAUUUGCACCCCAAGUUCAUAGUCUUCUCCAGACACAUGAGGGCACUGUGCCCUUAUUGAGCUUUCCAGAUUGCUUUGCCGCAGAGUUUGGCGAGCUCAGAGUGGUGCAGGAAACCCACGGGGGCGUGCCUUUAGAGCACCUCAUCGCCUCCGUCCCCGGAGUGAACAUUGCCACAGCACAGAAUGGUGUCAAAGUAGUUAAAUGGAUUCACAACAAGCCCCCGCCUCCAAAUGCAGACCCUUGGCUUCUGCGUUCCAAAAGUCCUGUGGGGAAUCCCCAGCUGAUCCAGUUCAGUAGGGAAGUGGUUGACUUACUGAAGAAUCAGCCAUCCUGCGUCACACCAGUCAGUAACUUCAUCCCAUCCUACCACCAUCACUUUGCAAAGCAGUGCCGAGUAUCGGACUAUGGCUACUCCAAGUUGAUUGAGUUACUAGAAGCAGUGCCUCACGUGUUGCAGAUUCUUGGAAUGGGGUCCAAACGGGUGCUGACGCUGACCCACAGGGCCCAAGUGAAGCGCUUUACUCAGGAUUUACUAAAGCUUCUCAAGUCCCAAGCCAGCAAACAGGUCAUUGUGAGAGAAUUCUCGCAGGCUUAUCAUUGGUGUUUCUCGAAGGACUGGGAUGUCACCGAGUACGGUGUUUGUGAGCUGAUUGAUAUCCUAGCAGAGAUUCCCGACACCACGGUCUGCUUGUCACAGCAAGAUAACGAAAUGGUGAUUUGCAUUCCCAAGAGAGAACGUACCCAGGAUGAAAUAGAAAGUCCUAAAACACUCGCAUCCUUCUCUCCCCAGGUUGCUGAUAUGGAAUCUGGCAAACAGAUUCAGCUAAUCAACCGAAAGUCUCUGCGCGCUCUCACUGCCCAGCUGCUGGUGCUGUUGAUGUCUUGGGAAGGAACCACGUCCAUCUCUGUUGAUGAGCUCAAGCGGCAUUAUGAGACCACCCACAGCGGUCCUCUCAAUCCCUGUGAAUACGGGUUCAUGACCCUGACUGAGCUUCUGAAGAGUCUGCCUUACUUAGUUGAGGUGGUCUGGAUAAAAGGACAUGGUCACAAGAGAAUUGUAGUGUUAAAAAAUGACAUGAAAAGUCGUUUGAGUUCACUUUGGCUCUCUCCUGCCAAUCUCGAAGGCCAGUUCUCAAGUCAUGAACGUGUGCUGGAGGGGCCCGGCUCUUGCCCAGCCUCGGAGCUCCUGAGCGAGCUUGCAAGGAGUGGCUGCGGUCUCGGUCAGACGGAGCAGGAACUUCUGUUUUCUGUGUUUCCAGAAAUUAGGAUUUUCAACCAAGAAGAGAACCCAGAAAUUUCAGUACCAGUAAAGAACGAGAAGGUGACCUCUGAUUCCAGGUCAGCUAGUGUCUCAGCAGCUGCCCCCGUGCCUCCCCGGCCCUCUGCAGAAGCCCCGGGGUCACUGCCCAGCAAGGACCCUGUGGAAAGCCCAGCCAAAAAGCAACCCAAAAAUAGAGUGAAAUUGGCCGCCAACUUUUCCUUUGCACCUAUAACCAAGCUUUGACACUCGUUUUGAACAUAGCGUUAGAAUGUGAAAACACUGACUGCACACAAGUGGGUUCACACAAACAUGUCCUUUUCCGUUGACGUGAGAGCCCCCGAGAAGCCAGUUGUGCCAUCUUUAGGUGUAUUCUUAAUCUUCCUGUUUCUUUGACACCCCCCAUGGGCCUGAGCUGAAGUUUGGGGAUUUCCCUACAAACACAGUGAUUUGAAAACUUCUGCCAUUUGUUUGAAAAUCCUUAAUCUCAUAUACCAAAUGUUUCUCAAUAAUUCUGGAAUGUAAUAGUGUUCCAUGAAAGGAAAGCAGUCACUAGAAGGAAGUGGGCUUACCUUCAUAAGCCACGGUCACGGUCUAAUCCCACGUAGCUUAAUGUGGUCGACAGCCCUUUGUCUCCUGAUGUUUUCAGACAGUAUUAAUCAAAUGCAUGAUGUGUCCUUGAAUCAAAGCCCGUUCCACGAUCCUACGUGUUUAUACACAGGAGGGGAGGGGAGAGGAGGAGGAGCGGAGAGUGGAUUUUCAGCUCAGAAGACGAAGGUUCCUGGCUUCCGUGCGACUUGUAGUGUGCCCAGUUUUUAUUUAACUACGUCUGUAGUGGACAGAUGUGACUUCAUGACAACCUUUUUAAAUGUUGUCCACUUUCGGGUUCCAUUUAGGAGCUUUCUAGAAAGUAGAUGUUUUAUGCUUCCCAUUUAUGCGAAGUUCCAGGUUGAUAUGGAUCAGGUUAAGGAAAAGGAGAUGGUCUUGGUGUCAUGAACGGAAAGUCAGCAUUUGAGCUGCUGCACACAUCACUGUGUGCCGUGAGGCAGUAUUGAGGAGAGAGAUUGAUUGCCUAAAAUAUGCAUCAAAUGCAUAAACUACAAAUCAGAGCUGAAUGGGAGAGGUGCUUUAAUGGGAACGAGAUCAAUACUGUUUCCACUAGGAAGAGACAAAUUCUAUCAAUGCAUGCGAAAGCCAAGGUUGAUCGACUUAACCUUGUUUUUUGUCAUUUUAAAGCUGAUUCUGGUACCUGGGAAGCUUUGUCUGAGAGAGUGUGUGUAUGUGUGUGUGUGUGUGUGUGUGUGUGUGUGUGUGUGGCUAGCUCAGUAUCUUUUAAUAGUGUGUUUGCACUCCACCAGUUCUCACUGUUGGAAGCAUGCGUGAGCGUUUUGGUGGUGUCUCAUGUCUAUGCCAGUCCUGAGAGAGCACUGUGCAGUGGGGCGACCUUGCUCUUGAAUUGGUGGAGGUGUAUCUGGUGACCAGUGGCCUCAUAGCCCGCCUGGAAAAUCCUGACAUUUACAAUGGGUUGUAUCUGUCGGGAGAAGAGGCAGAGUCACUCUUGGAGCAGAAAGAACCUGCCGUGCAGGUCUCCCACUAGUUAAAGAGUCACUUUGGGGGAAAUGUUUGGAGUGUAAUUUCUAGGAAGCCAGAAAAUGGACUCUAAUUUUAUAGCCAGCAUUUGAAUAAAUGCCACCAAAAUAAAGGCUAUUGAGAGAGUUUUACAAUUUAGAUUUUUGUUCCUCAAAUCUUUUAAAUGAAGCCAGUGAUUCCCAGUGCUCAACACAUGGCCCCCAUCCAAGUGGAAGGGCACCUCAGCCCGAGUGCCCUGACUCUGUGAGUCCUCUACAGACAGUGGUACAGGGAGGAGAAUGCAAGCGGGCAAAUUGUGUUAAAGCUUCCAAACAACUCGAUACAGCCGGUGAUAAGAACAUCAGUUGCCUUCUUCAGAAAGAUUUCACCAGGCAGAUUUGCACGCUGAUACUUAAGUUUUGCUAGCAUGUAACGGAUUGUGGCCUUUCAAGACUUCAAAGGUCUCAUUGCAAGUCACUAGGAACAGCCUCGAAGAGCAGGUUCUGUGGGCUGCAGACACGAAGAUGCUCACCUUCUGUGCUGUGUCGUGAGUGUGGCGGCCGGCCGUGUCACCCACUGGGCUGGCCUGCUGUCAGGACAUUGACGCCUAACAGUCGCUGCUUGGAAAACGCGGAGUGCAGCAGAAGCAUAUUGUACUCAUAAUGGAUUUCGCAAUGGCCAGUACAACUGAUAAUCUAUUUUUUUAUCCAGAGGCUUAACUAAAUGAUGUGAAGAAGUGAUAUAUGAGAAUUAAGACAAUGAAAUUAUUUCUGGGUGGGGAAGAUGUAACUGGAUUAAAUUUGUUUAUUUGGGGAAAAAAAAAAGUAGUUCUCGCUAACCCCUCCCCACCCUUUCCCAUGCACUGUUUGUUUUGUGUUGGGCUUGUGGGGAGAGAUGUCUUUCUUCACUGUCUCCUUUGUUUAAGCACUUUUGUGGUUCAGUGCUGUUUUGUGUGUUGGGACCAAACAGUUGUCAAUAAACUUACCAAGCAAGCAUCUAA